CAAUCAAGACUAAACAAACUGAUGAACCCACCCGACUGGAAAACCUUUUGGAAGCGAAUUCGUGCGAUUUGAAGAAGAUGUCGAUUCUGUUGAAGAGCCAGACAUGGAGGUGGAUAGUGACCAAGACUCGCGACUCCAAGCCCUUCUUCUUCACCUUCGCCACCGUAUGCGGCGUCAUCCCGGGUAUUAUCGGCUACUUCGUUAUGCAGACCACCAACUCCGGCAACCAGGAGCUCGAGGCCGAGCUACGCCGCAAAGCCCGACCCGAUACCCUGAUGAUGGGACAAACAAAUAAAGAAAGAUUGGCAGAAUACCUAGGGGAGCUGCAGCGGAAAGAGAACACAAAUGACCGCUAUGUUGCUGCACUGAGAGGACAGACAUUGACUAGGAAUCCAUAUGUGAGAAUUCAACCGGUUCAAAAGGAGAGCAACACAGAAGCUGACAAGGAAAAGAAGUAGAUCUGAUUGUCAUCCACUACCAACAUGAAUGAUUUAUGUUUUGAAGAGGUUUUUAUGUUAUAGGAUAGUGGAUGUACCGAUGUAGUUGUUCAGAUCAACAAGUCUGUCUAUUAAUGGAAUGGUGGUCUUCUGAAUUGUUGAUUUUGCGGCAAAAGGAAAUCUGCUGUUGUACAACCCUAACACCUGCCAACAUGAAUAAAUGUUUUCAGCCAAAAUGAGAUGUAGUCCUCAAUAUUCAUUGGCUUGAUUUGAUAUUUUUUUUUCUUUUUUUUUUCAUUGACCAGUUAUAUGAACUAUGUUGUGAAAGAUGAAUUUGUGUUUUUUUACAUAAUAUAUCUAUCACUUUGUCUAAACUGAUGCUCAAGUUUUGUGUCAUGAGAUUUACCAAACUAUGAGACGCCUAUAACACCCUUUAGAAUAAGAGAAAACAAAUUUGUGUACACAUCAAUCCAACGGAUUUUUGUCGUUCAGGCCGCAAAGUCAACUUCUACAGAAAACUGAUGGUAAACUUCAGAACUUCUCUAUGAACUUGAACUCCAGGCAGCAGUCACCAUUUUUCAUCCGAUCCCCAUCCCUAUCUGUUUUGGUCUGAGAUAUGGGGUAGCUAAAUUGGCAUCAACACCUACAUUCUUGACCACUUCUUCAGCCCUGACUGCAGCUGCUCUAGCAAUGCCAAAACUGACAACUUCUCCACCGAGAUGAUUCCAUGAUUUCCAUUCUUACACCCAAUGAACUGAGCGAAUGCUUCUAUAAUGUCCUCCAUGGAGUGCUCAUUCUUCAACCAAAGUGUUAGUGAUGUUUUGGCCACACCGGUAAGUCUGGGCGUGCAAAGUCUCUUUUAGUUGUUGCGGGCGGGCCACCGCGCGGACACGGAAUGUAGUGGUUGUAGUAGCGGGGUGCACUUAGCCUUCUGCUUCUAAUCAAGCGACUGAGGAUGGAGAGAGCACCAACUCCACCGUAGGGUUCUUCAGAUUCGCCUUGCGUACUGGGCAAGGACUUACAGUAGUCCGCCUGAGCAUCACAAUAUCGAUACUCGACGUAGGAUCGAGCAGAGCUUCAAUUGGGAAGGAGAGGAAAAAAGAGAAAGCUCCGGAGAGCGUACAGGGAAACGAAAGGAAAGCUCCGGGGAGCGUCUGAGGUUCGACUAGGUCGAGAAUUGUAUUGUAUUUUGUAGAGUUGAGUUGUUGUAUUGUUUGUUGUGU